UUCCGAGACACUCCAUUAGUGAAGGCCAACAAUCGCAAUCUGAGCUUUAUUCUCCUUUUCUCCAUCAAGCUGAGCUUUUUCUCUGUGUUUUUGUUCCUUGGUCGCCCAUCUGAUAUAACCUGCAUGCUCCGACAAACCUCUUUUGGUAUCAGUUUCUCCAUAGCUAUGUCUUCUGUCCUGGCAAAAACAAUUAUGGUUUGUAUUGCUUUCAAAGCCUCCAAUCCUAAUAGUCCUUGGAGAAAAUGGUUGGGAUUCAAAAUCACAUAUUUUAUAGUCAUUAUUUGUUCAUUCAUUCAGUUUCUAAUUAGUGCUAUCUGGCUGAUCAUUUCUCCCCCAUUCAUGGAGCUCAACAUUCUGUCUGAACCUGGAAAAAUCAUCAUUCAGUGCAAUGAGGGCUCUGUCAUUGCCUUCUAUAUUGUCCUCUCCUACAUGGGAUUGUUGGCAUCUGUGAGUUUCAUUGUAGCUUUCUUGGCUCGGACAUUACCGGACAGUUUUAAUGAGGCCAAGUACAUCACUUUCAGCAUGUUGCUCUUCUGCAGUGUUUGGAUCACAAUGAUCCCGGCCUAUCUGAGCACCAAAGGCAAAUACAUGGUGGCAGUGGAAAUAUUUGCCAUAAUCUCUUCAAGCUGUGGCCUUCUCUUCUGUAUAUUUCUACCCAAAUGUUACAUUAUUAUAUUUAAGCCAAAUAGGAAUACAAAGCAAUAUUUACUGGGGAAUAAUAAAUAG